AUGCGGAGGUUUGUGUACUGUAAGGUGGUACUGACCACGUCUCUGGUGUGGGUGCUGGUGGACGUCUUCCUUCUGCUCUACUUCAGCGAGUGCAACAAAUGUGACGACAGGAAGGACCGCUCCCUGCUGCCUGCACUGAGGGCUGUGAUCUCCCGAAGCCACGAGGGUCCAGGUGAGAUGGGCAAAGCUGUGAACAUCCCCAAAGACGACCAGGAGAAGAUGAAGGACCUGUUUAAGAUUAACCAAUUCAACCUGAUGGCCAGUGACAUGAUCGCUCUGAACAGAAGUCUGCCGGAUGUUCGACUGGACGGCUGCAAGACCAAGGUAUACCCAGACGACCUGCCCACCACCAGUAUAGUGAUCGUGUUUCACAACGAGGCCUGGAGCACGUUACUGCGCACUGUGCACAGCGUGAUCAGCCGCUCCCCACGACAUCUGCUGCUCGAGAUCAUUCUGGUGGAUGACGCCAGCGAAAGAGACUUCUUGAAGCAGAAGUUGGAGGAGUACGCACAGAGCCUGGAGGUGUCGGUGAAGGUGCUGAGGAUGGAGCAGCGGUCAGGCCUGAUCCGAGCGCGGCUCAGGGGGGCGGCCGCCACCAGAGGCCAGGUUAUCACCUUUCUGGACGCUCACUGUGAGUGCACGGUGGGCUGGCUGGAGCCGCUGCUGUCCCGCAUCAGAGAGGACAGGAGUGCAGUAGUGUGCCCCAUCAUCGACGUGAUCAGCGACGAGACGUUCGAGUACAUGGCGGGCUCUGACAUGACGUACGGGGGCUUCAACUGGAAACUGAACUUCCGCUGGUACCCGGUUCCCCAGCGAGAGAUGGACCGACGCAAGGGCGACAGAACUCUGCCUGUCAGAACUCCCACAAUGGCCGGGGGAUUAUUCUCUAUAGACAAGUCGUACUUUGAGGAAAUCGGCAGCUAUGAUCCGGGCAUGGACAUCUGGGGAGGAGAGAACUUGGAGAUGUCUUUCAGGAUAUGGCAGUGUGGCGGCUCCCUGGAGAUUGUCACCUGCUCCCACGUCGGCCAUGUUUUCCGUAAAGCCACGCCGUACAGUUUCCCCGGGGGCACAGGGCAAGUCAUCAACAAGAACAACAGACGUCUGGCUGAAGUCUGGAUGGAUGAGUUCAAAGACUUUUUCUACAUCAUAUCUCCGGGCGUGAUGCGCGUGGACUACGGCGAUGUGUCUUCCCGCAGAGCCCUCCGCGAAGCCCUGAAAUGCAAACCGUUCUCCUGGUAUCUGGAAAACAUCUAUCCGGACUCACAGAUACCCAGACGAUACUACUCCCUUGGUGAAAUUAGAAAUGUGGAGACAAACCAGUGCGUGGACAACAUGGGGAGAAAAGAGAACGAGAAGGUGGGCUUCUUCAACUGCCACGGCAUGGGAGGCAAUCAGGUGUUCUCCUACACGGCCGAUAAGGAGAUCCGCACAGACGACCUCUGCCUGGACGUGUCGCGGCUCAACGGCCCCGUGGUCAUGCUCAAGUGCCACCACAUGAAGGGCAAUCAGAUGUUUGAGUACGAUGCGGAGUAUGUUGGCAAAUGGGAGUAUGACUUCGAGAAGCACACCUUUCUUCACAUCAUCACCCAGUCAUGUCUGACCAUCAGCCGGCUGGAGGACGGCACGUACGGCCCCACGGUGGAGUACUGUAACAAUAGUCCUCUCCAGUCCUGGACCCUGAGGAACCUGAGCCAGCUGGAGGUGGCCCGCCGCCUCUACUUCAGCCCCACUGAUUACAUUCUGUAG